AUGACCUCGAAUCAAAACGUCGAUAACAUCGACGCCCUUCUCGAUUUUAGCGAGUACGACAACCUUUCUUACCAGUCACCGUCUCUGUCCCCCGCUGCUACAGCCAAGAACACUUUCGCCCGCCCCUCAGUUAGCUCCGUCGCGACACCAACGUUGCCCUCUGCAUCACAGCCCCUCACGGGCCCUAGCCAUCAGUAUGAGUUGUACAAGCAGCAGACGGGUAUUGUCCCUGGUGCUCUCGCAAGCACUUUGGCCGUGAACGAGGCCAACACCCAGAUCACCGGCUACAAUGGUGGCUUCAGCCUUGACUACCUUGGCGGUGGCUUGAGCCCCGAGAACGACAUCUUUGACUUCAACACCUCUCCUUCUCAGAACUCUACUGGCUUGGAUAUGGAUAUGGAGUUCGAGUCGCCCCCCGACUCCCAGUUCUUCUUCCCCAACACGACCGUCAACCCCACCGCUAUCGGCGGACAGGAGUCACCCGUGGUACCGUCGCAGCAGAGCAACGUCGGCAGACUCUGGCCCGGCAUGCACUCCCAGGCUGCUCUCGCCAAGGCUCAGGCUCAGCAGAGACAACAACAGCAACUCAUCCAGCAGCAGCAGCAGCGCCAGCAGAUGGGCAAGCAGCGCACCAAGAGCCAGCAGCCCACCGACCCCAUCGUCGAGCAGAAGAUCACUCAGCUUCUCAACUCCAUGCGUGCUAAGCCCGCCCAAGAGGAUGGCAGCCCUACUCCUCUUAUGAACUUGCCCCGCCCCAAGAAGGACGAGGAGGACAUGGACGAGGACGAGAGACUGCUCGCCAGUGAGGAGGGCAAGAAGCUCAGCAGCAAAGAGCGUCGCCAGCUCCGCAACAAGGUUUCUGCUCGUGCCUUCCGCUCCCGCAGAAAGGAAUACAUUACCCAACUUGAGAGCGAGAUUGCCAAUAAGGUUACCGAGAAUGGUGAUCUGCGUGCCCACAACCGGGCUUUGGCUGAUGAGAACAAGCGUCUGCAGGACCUCACCCGCAUGCUCCUGUCUUCAUCUUCCUUCUCCAACUUUCUUGACCACUUGAGCACCAACCCUCAGGCUGCUCCUCAGGCUGCCCCCGCUGUCAAGGUCGAGAGACAAACCGAGCAGCGCCAGAUUCCCAAGGAUGUCAACCCCUACAACAACCAGCAGCAGCAGCAGCAGCAGAUCGGUAUGGCCAUGAUCCCCGAGCAGAACAUGGACUUCUCCAUGCUCAACAUGGACAACGCCGACUUCAACUUCCAACCCCAGGUCUUCACUGUCCAGACUCCCGAGGUUCCUGUCUCCAUCGACACCAACGUCCUUUCCGGCAAGUCGUCCAACUUCGUCGGUGAGCAGUUCGAGUCCGACGACGAGAAGAUUGAGCUCCCUACUGUUGAGGCCCCUAAGAUUCUCGCCCCCGAGGUUCCUGCCCAGUCUCUUGCUGAUGAGGAGGUCUUUGACGACGAGUUCGAGAACGACCCCGAAUUUGCUCUGUACCACUCUGCUCCUGCCCCCGCCACUGAUGGACCCGUUGAACUCGACACCGAAGGAUUCUCUCACAUUGAAAUCUUUGGCGGCAUCGAGUCCGAGAAGGUUCUCGCUCGCUACGAACUUGUUGAUGCCUCGGAAGAAGAACAAGCCGCAUGUGUCGCCCUGGCCAAGGUGCAACGCAUUUCCGCCAGCCUGGAGCCUGUCCUCGCAAGAUUAGAGUCGCUCUGUCUCUAA